AUGUCCGCUUCCGGAGUAUCGGUAUUGGAGGUGCCCGCGAGCAGAAUGGAUAGGUUCUGUCUCUUACCGCCAGAACUCCGUACAGCCGUUGUUGAGUGUGCCGUCGCUGACUGCCGCUACGGCGAUGAGUCCGAUUCCCUCGCCGACUACGCCUUGGUCUGCAAGGAGUGGCAGGCCAUCGUCGAGCGUUUCAACUUUUCCGUCCUCAAAGUCACCCUGGCCAAUCUUGACGACUUUGAGUCUUCCAUGGUCGGCUCUCGCCGCAAACUCGUCCAGCGGAUCAACCUACACGUUGACCUGCCCGCCUACGACAAUGAUCCCUGCGAAAAGAAGGAGACCUGGGAGGACAAGGCCGAGAAUAAUUCGUGCUUUACUCUUGCAUUUUACCGUCUAUUUGGCAUCAUGAAUUCCUGGAAACCAGAGGAUGCCACCCGUGACGGCAUCGAUUUCUCACUAAGCAUCUCUUCACCCAGCGACCUCCGCAACGCCAACUUUGAGCUAUGGCAACGACGCAGGUGGAAUAUCAAAGAUAUCGGCGAAAAGCGUUUCGCCGACUCUUGGAUCGAUUUCGUCGGCCAGGAUGAGGAGUUUGACCGGGUUAACCACCUGCCUGUGGUUAAGGUGAUAAGGUCAUUCACCGUGAGCCCUCAGAACCACCGGGCGCUGAUGCCCGCCGCUCAUGCCGACAUCAUCGCCCGGCUGCCCGGGUUGCGAACAGCCAAUUUCGACAUCACAAAGGACCGCAAGAAGGAAACCCGCAAAAUUCAUUUCAACCAAUUCGCCGGUUCCAUGACAAAGUGGCCCACCUCAUUAGAAUCUCUCACCAUCAUGUCCAAUACGAUAUCAUCGUGGCGCCAGAUCCCCCACGAGACGCUUGCUGAAGGCGACAGCGGUGCCAAGCUCUGUGAAAAGCUCCGGCGUGCCGCUCAGCAUCUUAAGGAGCUCAGCGUCACCAACGUCGUGCGUAUCAGAGAAUUCUUGCGUCCUCACUGGCCCAUGGGAACGGACGAUACCGAGCCGUUCCUGGCGAACCGCUCGUAUCACCCAGAGUUCUGGCUGCUAAAGACUCUCUACAUCUCUUAUGGAUCUAUCUGGUACAAUACAGAGUGGCACAAGCAGAGCGACGAUAUCAAUGAAUCCUCGGAGCUAGUCGAUUUCCGCCAGAAUAUAUCCCUCGCCGCCGCCCGGAUGGCGUCUACGAUGCCCCAGUUGAAGCACAUGACCAUCAAGCAGCGGCCUCUGAUGUGGGCAGGCAAGCAUGAGCUCGAGUACAAGAUCGAGGACGACGAUAAGGCCUACCUGACUUGGACAAGUACCUUUGAUUUCAGGCCAUGGGAGCGAACGGUGGAGGCGUGGGUCGAGGUGGCGGCCCGGCAGGAGAGGAAGCUCGAAGUUCGCAUCAUCACUAUGGCUUGGCAUACUGACGGUAAAGCUCCUCUUCUGCCAUCACUCACUUUUUGA